UGGGAAUUGUGGGGCCUCACACGCUGAAUUUUUGUGGUCUCCCACCACUACUGUGGACGCAGUAUCGCGCAGCACAGCCUUUGUGGAGAGGCUGAUCGAGACUGAGUGACAAAUUGAGUGACCGAGACUGCUUGCUCCUGCAAUUUCCACCAGCACGGCCAGAAACAAGUUUGCACCGUCCAGCCAUGACGCAGCACACCUUCGACCAGAAAACAUCCGAAUUCCUGACCUGGUUCAGGGCCCAGCCUGGCACCACCUUCCACCAUGACAUCGAGGUCAGAGAUUUGAGAGACAGGGGCGCCGGCCGUGGCAUAGUCGCAAAGACCGACAUUUCCCCGGAUACGGUCCUUUUCACCAUCCCACGCCAGUCCAUCAUAUGCACCAGCACCUCUUCAUUGGCCGCCAAGAUCCCUGGCCUGUUCAGCACGCCCGAGGAACAGGAUGGCAAUGACCAUGACCAUGACCAUGACCAUGACCAUGACAUGAACGCCGACGGCGACGAGGCUGACGACGACGACGAGGAAGACGACAAGUCCCAGGACUCGUGGACCUCGCUCAUCCUCGUCCUCAUCUACGAGUACCUCCAGGGCGCCAACUCGUCGUGGAGGCCGUACCUGGACGUCCUGCCCACCAUCGAUGACUUCAGCACGCCCAUGUUCUGGGCGGCCGACGAGCUGGCCGAGCUGCAAGCCAGCCCUGUCGCCGGCAAGGUGGGCAGGGACGAGGCCGACAAGAUGGUGCGGACCAAGAUCCUGCCCGUCGUCAGGGCCCACCCCACCGUCUUCUUCCCCGAGGGCACCGCGGAGCUAAGCGACGACGAGCUGGUCCAGCUCGCCUUCCGCAUGGGCAGCGUCAUCAUGGCGUACGCCUUCGACCUGGAGAAGGAAGAUGAUGAGGGCAACAAGCCGCCGGGCAGCGACGCCGGGGAGGAGGAGGAGGAGGAGGAGGAAGACGAGUGGGUCGAGGACCGCGAGGGCAAGACGAUGCUCGGCAUGGUGCCCAUGGCCGACAUACUCAACGCCGACGCGACCUUCAACGCCCACAUCGAGCACGGCGAGCACGCCCUGACCGCGACGUCUCUGCGGCCCAUCGCCGCCGGCGAGGAGAUCUUCAACUACUACGGGCCCCUGAGCAACGGCGAGCUGCUGCGGCGCUACGGGUACGUCACGCGCGCCCACAGGCGCUGGAACCUCGUCGACCUCGCCUGGGCGCCCGUGCUCGCCGCCCUGCGGGCCGAGGUGCCGCUGCCCGCGAAGCAGUGGGAUGAGGCCCUGGGGGCGCUGGACGAGGACGAGCUGGAGGAGGCCUUUGUUAUCGAGAGGGGCGCGGAGGACCCGGAUUCCGAAGGGAGGGUGGCCGAGGUCGGGAACGCUGCCGGCGCUCCCGAGGAGCUGGUGGAGCAGCUCAAGGCUGUGAUGAAGGCCGUCAAGAAGGUCAGGCCCGAGGCUGUGCCUGACAAGGUCGCCCGGGACAGGAUCAUCUACUCUGUCAUCGCCAGGGCGUUGGAGGAGCGGGCCAAGCAGUACGCCACGACGUUGGAGCAGGACCUCAGGCAGUACGAGGAGGGCAGCGAUGGUGCGGACCGGAAGGUUCGGCGGCAGCGUAUGGCCCUGGACGUCAGGAUAGGUGAGAAGGCCCUGCUGAGGCAGGCAACCGAGACCGUCAAGGCGAAGCUUGCCGAGUUGGCAAAGGCCGAGAGUGAUGGCGAAAAGCCUAACGCUAAGCGGCGGAGGGUGUGAGGUCGGUCUUAUUGAAUCUCACUGCAUCUCAAGAUACCCACCCACACAUACCCACACACACACGCGCGCACCCACACACACACACAUUAAGACACACGCGCGCGAGAUCGCAUCAGCGGUUGCAAAUGCAUAAACUGAGGGAUAUCUUUCCCUUGUGAGUCAAACUGAGAUCUUACGUGAACGUGUAUUGUGUAGUUGAAUAUGCCAAUGCCAAACACCCAGACGCAACGCCGCACCAGUUUAAAACUAUUCAUGCCUUUGGGGUAUCCACCUAUCCUAGAGUCCAAGUCCAAGCUUGCCUGCUCCUGCGAAGCUGCGUGUUCCCUCCGCAAAACGAAGUUUAUCUAAAAUGAGAUCUGUGUUCAAGCCGUCUUGGGCUUCUUGCGCACCAAACCACCACCAAGGGUGUUGACAGCUGGUGUUUCGUUUGUCGCGCUCGAGGCGCUUCCACCUGCCGCGGCAACGCCGUCUCCCACUGGUGCAGACUCCUCAGGCUCGGACUCCUUGCGCUUCUUUCGGGGAACGAGCAGGUUGACAGCUGGGACAUUGGCAGCCUCGCUUGAUGGUGGGGGCGGCGGCGUCGUCUCCUUCUUCGGUUUCUUCCGGGCCAUAAGCAUGGUCACCCCACCCUGGGUUGCGGGUGAAGGCACAGAGGCAGAUCCGAGACCAGGGGCACGAUCGCCGCCCGCUGCAUCACCCGCAGCUCCCCGCUCCUUCUUGCGCACAAGGUUGGCCAUGUUGUUGAUCGCAGUCGAUGCCGUUGAGUUAGGUGCAGCGGCGAGAGGCCGUGAGCCGACAACCUCCAUUGCCCACUUCUGACCGCCACCGACCUCGUUGAUCCAUCUCCUGGUGCUGGCAGUGGCCAGCUCCAGGGUCUCGAAAUCCAACCUGGUCAGCAGGUCGACCGAUCUUUUGUAAUCGGCUUCCGCCGCGAUCCGAGUGCCCCGUCCUUCUGGAGGCCAGUGGUAGUAAGAUGUCGAAACAGGUAUGUCGGGAACGUAAUUUCUAGCAUGCCGUUUGACACGGGGCAGACGGGGAACAAUUCGUCCUUUCAAAAUAGGCCUCUUCGGCUUCGCACCGCUCUUCUUCUUGGAAGGGCUCUGCUUUGUAGGAGUCUGUUGCGUGGAGCCCGGAGUCAUUGCUGAUUUGAGAGGGCUUGAUUUUGGAGUCGAGCCCGGAGCAACUUCGCGCCUCCUUGGGGGCGUGGACGGCUGUGUUGCUUGUGACCCGUCGAACGAGGUGCUUGGUGUGAUGAGAGAGUUGGUGGGAGACGAGGGCGGAAUCGUGUUCUGCUCGGCCCAGCCAUAUGGUUCGAGCACCACCCAAAUGAAUCCCGUCAUAUGUCCGCUCGAGCACUCUUGUCGGAAGGCCAUCAUCUCCCAGAACUGAUCCAUGGUCGUCAGACUCCGCCAGAGCCCCUUUUCCUCGUACUGCGCCGACUUGGAGGCCUCGAGAUCGAGCUCAUCGCGAAAGCGAGACUUUGGAUCAUCCGGGAACUUGGGCACUAGACACCUGGGUGGUACCCAGUCGUACUCUCUAGCAAAGUGCGAGACACGUUCCAGGGGAUGUCCGAGCACCCAAUUAGACGAUGCAUUGGGUGUUCGGGGUAGGAAAGCUCGUAGCUCAUACGCGUCGAGACCGGGGACGACCAGAUACCCCUUGAUAUCCUCCCAGUUGCCGGUCUUGUUGGAAGGGCGGAAGAUCUUGUCCUCGUGGGUGUUCUGUGUCUCCAUCAUGGCAUUGAGUACGCGACACCACCACCUAACCAGUCCUCGGUCGUCCAGUACGUGCUUGUCCUUGUUCUCCACGCUCCCAGGAAAGAGGUAUUGGUUCUGCGCCCUUGCGAAAAGGCUGACAAUGGUCUGGACAUUGUCGCGACGGCGUUGCUCGACGAGGUACGACAGGAACGCGGAGCUGAUCUCGCGGAUCGGGGAGGGCGUUCCCUUGGGCAGGUUGAGGAGGCUCAGGUAGCCAGUGGAGUCGGCUUUGGAGACGAAGAACGUGCUGGCCCAUGCUGUGGUAAAGAUGUAGAUCUCGAGACCGAGAACCAAAACCUGCCGGCCUGGUGGGCUGGAAUCGUGGGCGGCUCCAGCUCCUGGCGUCAAGGGCGACGAGGGCGUGCUGGACGAUGCCAAUUUUGAGGUGGCAUCUACGCUGACGGCGAGGAAGUGGGAUUCGCGGUAGGUGCGGUCGGGACGCGCAUCAGGAGGGGCUGAGUGCAGAGCAUCAGUGCGAGUGGGCGGCGUGGAGAGGUGGUUGAUUGUGAACCUGUAGCCCUUGGGGAGCGCCUUGGCGAGCCUGCUCAGCAAGGCGGCGCUGCACUGCUGCUUCGAGCCAGGCGGCGCACUUGGAGAAGCUGCCGAGAACAUGUUGCUUGAAAGUAAAUGCUGGAUUGCAAAGUGCUACGGAGGCAUUGUUGCAUUGUUGCAGGAGAAACAUCCGGCGAAUAGGUCACAGUCAGCCAGCAACCCAGCCAACCAAGCAAGUUGGGUCGGCCCGUCCAAUGCGAAGUCCUUGCUGACGACGCGAUCAAAUUGCCCUCCCUGGCCCUACGUCGCGGCGCGG